AUGUAUAAUGCAUCUUGUUCAGUGAUUGAGACCUUAAUUAAGGAUGGAGCCACUAACUUUAUACACGGGGAAGCUACUGGUACGUUCAAAGCGAUGACAUCUUUUGAGUUCAUAUUUGUUUUGCAUUUGUUGGAAAAAAUGAUGGGAGUUACUGAUGGCCUUUGUCGAGCAUUACAAAACAAAUCUCAAGAUAUCUUGACUGCUAUGAAUUUAGUUCGUAGUACAAAAUAUGUUCUUAAGAAAUUAAGAUUGGAUGGUUGGGAUAUUUUCUUUGAGGAAGUGGAAUCAUUUUGCAAAAAACAUGACAUUGAUAUGCCAUAUAUGAAUGCUCUUUACAAAAUUGGUACACGUCGUUCUUGUCAACAGCGUGAUGAUAUUACAGUUGAACAUCACAACCAGGUUGAUUUAUUCAAUGAUACCAUAGAUUAUCAAUUGGAAGAGUUAAACACUAGAUUCAUUGAAGGAACAAUAGAAUUUCUUACUCUUAGCUCUACUUUGGACCCUAACAAUGAUUUUAAAGCAUUUAAGAUUGAUGAUAUUUGCAAGCUUGCAGAGAAAUUUUAUCCAGGAGAUUUCACUUCCAAAGACUUGCGUUUAUUGAGGUAUCAGCUAGAACUUUUUGAGUCUGAACUACAUCUUGAUAUCUUCCAAAAUAUGUCUGCUCUUUCUGAACUAUGUCAACGAUUAACUCAAACAAACAGAGCACAGACAUAUUAUUUGAUUGAUAGGAUGAUUCGUUUAGUGUUAACUCUUCCAGUUCCUACAAUGACUAUGGAAAGCGCAUUUUCAGCUAUGAAACAUAUUAAAACUGUACUUCGCAACAAGAUGGAGGAUGAGUAUUUGACAAAUUCCCUAUUGUCUACAUUGAGAAAGAACUUUCUAUGGAUAUUGAUUCAGAUUCAAUAA